GUCUCUCCCAGUCCGUCCCAGUGUGUCCCAGUUUGGGAUGUGGCGCGGGGGGAGCCCCGGGAGGCUCCGGGCGGUUUUUGGGGGGUCCCCGCGAGCCCUGGAGGGGAAAGUGGCGCUGGUGACGGCGGGAACCGACGGGAUCGGAUUGGCCGUUGCCGAGGCUCUGGGCGUGGCCGGGGCUCAGGUGUUCCUCAGCUCCCGCCGCGCCCACAACGUCCAGAGAGCCCUGGAGCACCUGAGGGGGCGGGGCCUGCAGGCGAGCGGCGUCACCUGUCACGUGGGCGUGGCCGAGGAGCGCGAGCGCAUGGUGCAGCAGGCCCUGGACACUUUUGGCGCCAUCGACAUCCUCGUCUCCAACGCCGCCGUCAAUCCUCACCUGGGCCCCACCCUCGACGCCGACGAGCGCACCUGGGACAAGGUGUUCCAGGUGAACGUGACGGCGGCGGCCAUGUUGGUGCGGCUGGUGGUGCCACACAUGGAGAGACGGGGGGGCGGAGCCAUCGUGCUGAUGUCAUCGAUCGCCGCCUACCAGCCAAUGGCGGGGCUGGGCCCGUACGGCGUCAGCAAGGCGGCGCUGCUGGGAUUGGUGGCGGCGCUGAGCCCGGAGCUGCUGCCCCGCGGGAUCCGCCUCAACGGCGUCGCGCCCGGGCUGGUCCGGACCCGCUUCAGCGCCGCCCUGUGGCAGGACGAGGCCGUGCUGGAGAAGGCCCUGGGAGCACUGGGAGCUCUGAGGCUGGGCCAGCCGCAGGAAGUGGCGGCGGCCGUGCUGUUCCUGGUGUCCCCCCAGGCCUCGUUCGUGGCCGGACAGACGCUGCUGGUGGCCGGAGGGGGCGGGGCCAGGCUCUGACCACGCCCCCUCCCUCAUUAACAUGCAAAUCCAUGCAAAUCUACGCGAGAUCGGCGCGAAAUCGAGGUGUGGUAUAUCGGCUGUAUGCAAAUGAGGCGUUGAUUAAAGAUGGCGGAGCUGGC